GAUUCUGAUCAUAUCACAUUUCCUCAACUCCUUCCGAUCUUCUCCAAUUCAACUCUAAACUUGAUAUCAAUGUCUUCCCCCAAAUGGGUCUCUUUGAUUUUCAUAGUCUCUAUGUUUACGCCACUACCCAUUUCCUCAAACCAAUCUGUGAGCCCAGAACUGGAGCUGGCUCAAAUCCCAGGUAUGUUUCUUGAACACGCCAAAAGAACCGAGCUUUUUGAUCGGAUGGUGAGUUUCAGAAGGAGAAUCCAUGAAAACCCAGAGCUCUGUUACGAGGAAUUUGAAACCAGUAAGGUUAUUAGAGAUGAACUUGACCGGUUGGGGAUCACUUACAGAUACCCUGUGGCUGAAACCGGCGUUGUUGGCCUCGUUGGGACUGGUGGGCCGCCCUUUGUUGCAAUCAGAGCUGACAUGGAUGCUCUGGCUAUGCAGGAGAGUGUGGAGUGGGAGCACAAGAGUAAAGUUCCAGGGAAGAUGCAUGGAUGUGGACAUGAUGCUCAUGUUGCCAUGCUUCUUGGAGCUGCUAGUUUACUUCAAGGGUUUCGCCACAAAUUACAGGGGACUGUUCUUCUUGUUUUCCAACCAGCUGAAGAAGGAGGCGCAGGAGCAAAGAAAAUGAUAGAGGAAGGGGUGUUGGAGCAUGUCAGUGCCAUCUUUGGAUUGCAUGUUGCUUCUGAGCACCCCAUUGGUUCAGUGGCCUCCAGGCCUGGCCCUAUUUUGGCUGCCAGUGGAUUUUUUGAAGCAGUAAUAAGUGGGAAGGGGGGUCAUGCUGCAAUUCCGCAACACUCAAUAGAUCCAAUCUUGGCUGCUUCCAAUGUUAUUGUUAGUCUGCAACAUAUUGUUUCACGUGAAGCUGAUCCCUUAGAUUCACAGGUUGUGACUGUUGGAAAAUUCCAAGGAGGUGGUGCAUUUAAUGUUAUUCCAGAUUCCGUCACAGUUGGUGGUACCUUCAGGGCAUUUUCAAAGGAUAGCUUUAUCCAACUUAAGCAAAGGAUUGAAGAGGUCAUUACUAGACAAGCCAGUGUUCAGAGGUGCAAUGCGACUGUCUCGUUCAAUGAAAUCGCGCAGCCCUUUUACCCUGCAACUGUAAAUGACAAAGAUCUGCAUGAGUACUUCCAGAAAGUUGCGGGUGAUUUGCUGGGCCCUCAGAAUGUAUUUGAGAAGCAACCACUGAUGGGGGCAGAAGAUUUCUCAUUCUAUCAAGAAGUCAUUCCAGGGUACUUCUUCUUUCUUGGUAUGAAGAAUGACACUCAAGGACAGUUGAAACCAAUGCAUUCACCAUAUUUCAGAGUAAAUGAAGAUGUGCUUCCAUAUGGAGCUGCAUUCCAUGCAUCACUUGCCACCAGGUACCUCCUCGAAAACCAACCGGUAUCUACUUCAAUGUCAGACAAAAAGACAGAAUCUACCUCAAUGAAGGGGAACUCUCAUGAUGAACUCUGAAAUGAAAGGAUGAUUAGGGUCGAUAGAAAAGGUUCUUCUCUCGUGUAAAAUGAUUUUGAUUCGCAUUUUCCAGCUGUAAAACUGAGUGAUAUAAAUAAUUUCAGCUAACUGGUUGAUGUUAUAACUUAUAAGUGAUUAUAUAGGAACUAUCAUCACUUUAAGGCCUAAAAGUUGAGGAAUGAUUUUGUAACUUUGUUACAAUAUUGCAACUUCAGUGUACAGUAGUCUGUCCUGAAAUAUCACCAA